AUGAAAAGGGAUAUCAUAAAUUUGGAUAAAAAAGAACAUACCAAAGGAUACAAGAGGAGAGGAUAUGAUGGGUCAUUGCGUUCUUGUGGGGCAUUACCUUCAAGUCAGUUACAAGAAGGACACUACACAAAAUACAGGAAGAUAGGAUUCCUUGAUGCCCCCAGAAAGACAACUCACAAUCCAGAGGCACCAAGACAGAGAGGCAUGGAUUGCCACACGGCUUUAAUUCAAGAUUUUAUUUAUCAUAUUAAUUAUCAAAGGUAUAACUUAGGAGUCAGAAUUGAUAAGAUGAUGUACAGGGAAGGGACCGGUUCGGGGAAUGAAAAUGGUGCCAAAUCCAAAUUGAGGUGGCAGAAAAAUACGGCCCAGGUAAAGGCGCUUAUUAGAGCUAACACAGCAUGA